GGUUUUCCCAGGGAGCGUGCCGGGGCCGUGCCGGUGAGGCGGCAUGUCAGCGGGAACAUCGGACUCCGCGCCAUCGUCCUCAGCGGUGGCUGCGCCCGGCUUUGGGGGCUUCGCUAUGGCUCAGACGGGGAUCCUAAACCUCAAUAACGAGGUGGUGAAGUUGAGAAAAGAAGUGAAGAGGACUCGAGUUUUGGUUAUUCGCAGGCUUACCAGGCAUAUCACCAAACUGAAGUCAAAAAAGGGUACUGAAGAUAUAUUAUCCAAAAAUCAAAGACGAACACAGCGAUUACUUGAGGAAAUUCAUGCCAUGAAGGAAGUAAAGCCUGAUGAAGUAACUAAAUCUGCUCUUGACGAUGAUAUCAACUUUGAAAAAAUCUGCAAAAAGCCAGAUUCUACAGCAACUGAAAGAGCAAUUGCUAGACUAGCUACACAUCCAUUACUGAAGAAAAAAAUAGAUGCACUGAAAGAUGCUGUCAAAGCAUUUAAAGAUUCAAGACAGAAUAUUACUGAAGUUGAAUCAUUGAAGAAUUCUUCAGAAGAAAAUUACAGUGAGGACACAGGAAUAAAGCAGAGCUCUCCUGACAAUUUGAAUGAAUUCGAGCACCAAGAAAGUACAGUAAAAAAGGAAGAAAAUGUUAAAACGUUAUCAAAGAAGCCGAACACACUUCAAAAAAAAAUUGGUAAGAUGGCAGACAAGCAGAAAAUAGGGAUUCCUCCACCUAUGGCAUUAAAACCUUCUCAGGAACCUUCUCUGAAUGCUUUUGAAACCCAAAAUACAGAUAGGAAAAAUCUUGCCGUCACCAACAAGACAAAUAGAACAAAAAUUUCUACCAUCAUCACUAAUGAUAGCAGUGAUGUGGAAGAACAGAGUGAAGGAGAGAAAGAAUAUUUUGAUGAUAGCACAGAAGAAAGAUUUUACAAACAGUCUUCGCUGUCUGAAGAUAGUGAUAGUGAUGAUGAUUUCUUUAUUGGGAAAGUUAAGAGGACCAGAAAGAAGGAAAAUAGCUGCUGUUCUUCAGUUAAGGACCAAAAGACUUCCCAAAAAGUGUCACCUGAAAAAGAAAAGCUUGAGAAACUGGAGAGGAUGGAGAAAAUGAAGCCAACUACAAAAGCCAGGAGGCUAGAAUCAACAUUUUUUUUUUCUUUAUCUGAAUCCAGAAGGACAAGAAGAAAUGCCAGAGAACAGUUUCCUCAAAACAGAAUUCCAGCUUUUCAACAAAACGAACCUCAGAUCAAGAAUCACCUUGACAGGAGUAUGUAUACAAAGCCUGAAAAUAAGAAACAGCAAUUACAGCAGCCGCUUCAUCCUUCUUGGGAAGCAAGCCGGAAACGAAAAGAACAGAUGUCUAAAAUUGCAGUAUUUCAAGGGAAAAAAAUUACAUUUGAUGAUGACUAGUGGUUUGUUUUUUGUUUUUGUUUUUUUUUGGUGAAUUUUUACAUUAGUUAAGAAGAUUUCCCUAUUUGUGUGAUCUAUUUUAGACUAUUUUUACUUUUUAUUUUUGUCCCUUUUUUGUCUGAAUACUUUUAGGAAGCAAGAGGUUUUUUUUCCCAUUUUAAUUCCAGUAACUUUAUAAUUGAGUUUGUGUACAUACAUAUAUAUGGUAUACAUCUGCUAAUUAAAUUGCAUUUUAAAAUAAUGAUUAUUAUAAUAAUGCCUGUAAGAAAAUAAAAUAGCAUGUUCUUGAAAAGUCUUCAUCACCUAACAUUUAGCUAUUUCAUAUUUAAAAUAUUUUUGCAUUGUACUUUUUAUCUCAGAUUAUACUAGUUUUAUUUAUCAUGGACACUUUCAUUUGUUUAGUUCUCUUAAAAGCAAAUAUGGGGGGAUAAAUUGAAAAACAAUAUAAAAACAUGGAAAAUUAACUCACUUUUAAGAGAACAGUCAUAAAACAAUUUUUAAAAGUUAAUCCUGUUAUCAAAACUAAAAAUAUUCAAGUUGUCACAUCCAUGAAAUUAAUGUUUAUAUAUUAUACUUUGAGGAAGUUAAAAAUGCAGUCCAUAUUUUUUAUUUCCUUUGGUUUUCUGUGGUGUUCAGGUUCUCACUCCAAACACUUUAGAUAAACAUUUGAAUCCAAACAAAAAAAAUGUUUUCUUUAAUUUUUAAACUCAUCAACAGUAAGAUUCUUUUAAUUCAGAAAUCCUUUGCUUAUAACUAAUGGGCCAUAUCCUCUUAGAAAAACAUUCACUGAAGUACAAUAUAAUAGGAGAUAAAUUUCAGAAUAGAUUAAAAUUGGAUAAUUACUUCCACUUUCAAGUUGACCAAGGACAGACUACUGAGAUUACUCACUAAAAAGGGUACUACUACUGAAAAUGCUAUAAGUUUUAUUAUUUAGUAGGAAACCCCCACCCCCAACAAAUGCCUUAAGGAUUUUUUUUCUGGGAGAAAUGAGAAGUUCUUGGUUAACUGAAUAACAAGCAUGAUCAAUUCCAUAUGUACUAAGAGUUUACACUGCACUUAUGGCAAGAAAAGCCAUCUGGUGAGCAGGAAAUUCAUGAGCUCUGAAAAGUUAUUUCUACCUUUCAUUAUGAACUUAACGACUUAAAUAUUUAACUAAGGACAUAGGGACUACAGAAAUGUUCCAGAAAAUGUAAGCUCUAAUGAGCUACAUUUGUAGAUUUGUUAUGCUGAGAGGCAAAAACAUGAUGGAAAGACCAUCAGUGUCAGAGAACAAAAAUGCAGAAUACUUAUUAUCUUGUAUUAUCCUGUCUCCUCCCUUUGGCCACUAUUCCCAAAUUCCCUCUACUUCACCUCUCCUUACUCCCCCAUCAAAAGGUCACUUUUAUUUUAUGGACAAGUUUUAAGUGUUUGGGCUAAGAAGAACUAUUAGUUUGGAGUUUAGCAUGCAUGGGAUUUUGGGAUAAGGGGCAUCUCCAAAGUAUGAUACUGUUUAACAAAGAUUCUAUUCAGGUAAGCCUUCAGCUACACUCCUAUUUGUUUUGAUCUGUAUCAUUACCACUCCCUUCUGUUAUUUAAUGUGCCUGAAUUUAAUAUCAUGGAUAGCACAGGCCUGGGAGACAGUUAUUUACAGUCAUUUCUCACAUCUACAAGUAUUAUUCACAAAUUAGAAGUGUCUAGCACCAAAUUUGUACAGACCUGUAGUGAAUUUGGAUUUCAGUGGAUUUUAGUCAUAUUUCUUGUGUCCAGUCUGUUCUCCAGUACAUUGAAUGAAACACUGCACCUGCCUCUUUGAGUGGGCCUAUAUGAGGGUAGUUGCAAAAGUUCUGAAAAAUUCAGAGCAUGUUUAGGACCAUAUAAUCAAAGCAUUCUGCAGUCCCUAAGUACCCUGUGACCAUACGUGGUAAUACUCUUUGCAUUUUGGAACAUGUGUUUCUCUUCUAGGAAAACUUGUUUUAAGAAAAAGCCAUCCUUCUGUAUGUUAUGUUCAGUACAAAAUAAUUUUGUUGUUUUUCAACAAAGAUAGACAAAAUUCUGUACAUGAAGAAGAGCUGUUUGUUAUUAUUCCCAAAUUCAACAAUACCCCUUCCCCAAAUAUUUAGUUUUUCCAAUUUUAACAAAUAAAGGAGAAUAGUUUAGUCUGUCUUAAUAGCUGCCAUCAGUUCCAUGAGUUAAAAGUAUCUUUUGUGUUUUGCGCUAAAAAGUACUCUUCAGUAUUUUUUGAUUUGCAUUUUCAAUGACUUGAGUUUGUAUUCUUUAAGAGUAUUCCUUUACAUGACAGUGUUUAUCAAGUAUAGAAAACAUUCUAGCAGUUCAAAACAUUGAAAAACUUACAGUUGAACUAUAUGAAAUGUGUUCUAGUAUGGUAUACAAAACAUAACUAUCCUGAUAACAAAGUGUCCUUUUAAUUCUUCCUUUAUAUUGUGGCAGGAUUUUUUUAAACAUGUAUUAAAUUAAUUUCACAUGCUUUUGCAUUUUUUUAAACUAAUGCUUUGAGAGGCAUUAGCAAAGUCACAGUUCCCUUGAAAUUGGGGUUAUGUGAAUAUAUGUUUGCAUAGGACAUGUAAUUCAUAUAAUGUGUAUGUUAUAUGUGACACUAAAUAUAUUAAUUUUUUUUAAUAUUUACAUAAGAGACACAGUGGAUAGUUAGCAUUGGAGUCAGGAAGACCUGAAUUCAAGCCCUGCAUCUGACACAUGCUGCCCUUGUGACCCUUGAUAAAUUCAUUUAAGUUCUCCUUGCCCUGGGCAACUCUCCAAGACUAUGAGUUGCAGAGAAGGAUCUGACCUGUGUUAAUAGAGGAAGUUUCCUAUGCUUAUGAAAUCACUGAUCCAUUCUCUGUCUUCAUAUUUCCACAUAGAAUACAGAGUGUGCAGCAAUCAUAUAACAUCUGUAUGUUUCACAUGCAAAUAAUCCUGUUUUGAGUUCUUGACACAAAACAAUAUUUAUCAAUGACAUACAUAAUAGCUAUAGUUUUUUCCCACCCUAUCUGUCCCCUUCUGCCUCCUUACCUUUCAGGGCAGUGGAGCUAGUAAGGGAAGAGAAAAGGAAAUAGUAAUAUUAAUAGAAUAAUAGAGCUAAAAAAGAAGCCAUCUAGUCCAGUCCUCUCAUUUUCUUUUCU